GCCCUCUGCCUUUUUACUGCUUCUUACAACCAAGUGAGCUCAGCGGUACCCCAGCUGCCCGCCCCGCCGGUUUCCUGUACCACCACGUUCUGUUAGCUUUGAGCUAAGAUGGAGCUCCUUAGCAUUAUGAUUCCCCUGCUCCAGUUCUCGCUGGCUGUGGCCGUCCUGGCGCAGUCCGCGGUUGCGCUGUCCGUCCUGGAGGGCGGCAUGCUCACUUUGGUGAUGGCGCUCUGCGUUUGCGCUGUGUCCAAGUGCCCUGGGCAUGAGGAUUCUGACUGCGAGGACCGACUUGUCAAGCGCAACACCUGCUGGCGUGGCAGCCGUGGGAGCGCUGCGGCGGCCCACAUGUGCGGGCGGAGCCGAUGGGCACACCCACGGGCUCUGGAGACCUGACGGAGGCGAGGAGCAUCUGCAGGCGCUGGAGGUGGGAGCGGUUGGGGGCGAUGUCCCACGCUUUGUCUGGUUGCACUUCAUUUCGACUUUCCAUCUGGGUGGUUAUGUGGCUGGGAUGAGUGCGUAAGUACACCUUUCCUGGAUCGUCUCGACCCACAUGCCCGGUAUCGGCUGCAACCACCGGUGUGUGGGAAGGCGUGACCCGACCAAGUUAGACUUGCAUGUCAGUCCCUCAACUUGGAGUGCUGAUGUGCCCCGCAACAUUCUGACAUUGGCCGACUGACGAUGCCCAGUGUGUGAUGCGGUGUGCAGGAGGUGGGUGCGAGUGGCCUCCUCAGCCACGUCUC